AUGUCGAGCGCGACGAAGCUCGACGCCACGAGAAGGAACAUGGAAAGGGCCCUGAAGGAGUACUGCCCAGAGAAGCUGCUAAAGGAGGGGAGUGUUCACAGCUGCACGGAGGUCACGAACGACACCGAGGCGACAGCUGACGACAAGACCUGCCUCGCCAAGGUCUGGGGCGGAGGUGGCCCCAACGGCGUGCCUUUCGACGACUCCGCCAAGUGGGUUGAGCUCAACGGGCUGUUCUCAGGCCUUCGGGUGUCGCAGAUCACAUACGGCAGCCACCGCUGGGUGGACAGUAUCCAGCUUGAGCUGGGUCUGGGCGAUACCAAGUGGGCCCUGCAACCGCAUGGCGGGACAGGUGGCGUGACAGGCACGCUGACCUUUUCGGAGGACCAGAGAAUCGUCGCCGUCGACCUGAGGUACGAGAAGUACAUCGACAACGUGCACUUCUGGACGGACGACGGCAUGGAGCACAUCGUCGGAGGCCCUGGCGGGAGCUACACGAAGACGGUGAACUUUAAGGAGGCCGUCUUGAACGCGACCGGACGCCUUCCCGAGAGCGCGUGGCUGGUGGGCCUGUACGGCCACUCCGAAAAGUACAUGGACUCCCUCGGCUUCUAUGUGGCAUACACUUGCUCGUCCUCGGAGCUGCCCGGGCCCGCUGGGCUGGCCCGCACGCCUGGCCAGCUUGCGAGCGGCGUGGCGACAGCGGGGCCGUCGCGGGAGCCCUCGCCCUCCGCCCUGCGCUUGGUGGACGUCCGCUAG